AUGUCGAAUGCUCCUAGUUUAAAAGCACGUUCAAAUGGAGAUGAUGUUAGUAGUAAGGCACCUAAUAUUAAGACGAUUGCAAAAUUAAUUAAAUCCGGUAAAGCCAAAAAAAUUAUUUUGAUGGCUGGUGCUGGAAUUUCUACUGCAGCAGGGAUACCUGACUUUCGUACUCCUGGAACUGGUCUUUAUGACAAUCUUGCUAAAUAUAAUUUACCUCGACCUGAAGCUAUUUUCGAGAUUGGAUAUUUUAAACCAACAUUAACACAUUAUUUCAUAAAACUCCUCCACCAAAAAAAUGUUCUACUCCGUUGCUUUACUCAAAAUAUCGAUACAUUGGAACAACUUGCGGGACUACCUGAAGAUGCCGUAGUUGAGGCUCAUGGUUCCUUCGCAAAUGCACAGUGUCUUGAUUGCAAAAAACUAGCUGAUCCUAAGUGGAUGAAAGAAACUGUUUUUAGUGGCGUAAUACCCAAAUGUUUGGUUUGUGGAGGAAUUGUUAAGCCUUGUAUUACAUUCUUUGGUGAAAAUUUACCUCAAAAAUUUUUCCGUCAUAUGGAAGAUUUUGAUAGUUGUGACCUUCUUAUAGUUGCUGGUACUUCGCUACAAGUUCAACCGUUCGCAUCGCUAAUUAAUUAUGUACGCUAUAGUACUCCAAGAUUACUGAUCAAUCGUGAAAAAGUAGCAUGCUAUGGUACAGGCGGUGGGUUUGAUUUUGAUGGAAUUUCUUCGCCAAUUCAGAGAGAUGUAUUUUACGGAGGUAGUUGUGAUGAUGGUGUAUUAGAAUUAGCCGAAUUAUUAGGAUGGAAGGAAGAAUUACAAAAACUUCAUAAAGAAGGCCAUGAAAAACUGAAAGAACAAUUUCCUGAAGAACUGGCUAAAGAAAAAGUUGAUGUUGAUGUUGACUCUUUGGCUGCGGAGCUUGCUCAAAAAGCCAAUAUUAGUGAAAAGGAAAAAUCUUCUUCAAACGAAGUUAAUAAAGAUGAUGCAAAAGUUGAUAUCAGUAAAGAGGAGAAAUCGAAUAAAGUUAAUGAAAAUAAAGAUGAUGCAAAAGAUGAAACUAAAGAUGAUGCAAAAGAUGAAACUAAAGAUGAUGCAAAAGAUGAAACUAAAGAUGACGCAAAAUUUGAAACUAAAGAUGAUGCAAAAGAUAAAACUAAAGAUGACGCAAAAUUUGACAAGAUUGAGAAAGGGGAAACGUUGGAAGAUAAGCAUAAAGAAGAAACUAAAUUAUGA